GGGAGUGCUGAGGUACCGCCGCGCGGGGCCGAGCCUCAGCCCGCGGCGCGGAAGGGAAGGGGCGGCGGUGGGGGCGCGGCCCGCCCGGCCCGGGGGGGCUCUCGUCCCACCGAGCUCUUACAACUGGCGGGAGGGGGCGAGGGGCGCCGGCCCUGGGAGGUGUGAGCGGCGCGCUCGGUAUCUGCCGCGGACACCGCGCCGGGCCCGGCCCGGCCCGGCCCGGCGGUAUUCGACUCCACUGCCGCGAGUGGCAGUGAGCGGAGACCGGCUCUGCGGCGCGGCGCGGACCGGUCCGCUGCAGGCCUCGUAUGCCGCCGGGCCCCCGAGGCGUGCCGGGGAGCCACAGCCGCGCGCGGUGUCCGCGCCGGGUCUGCGUGUGUGCAUGUCCGCGGCCGGUGGCGGGUAGGAGCUGGGCGGGGGGGUCUUGGGCAGGGCCGGGAGGGACCCGCAGCAGCACACCGGGCCCCGGCUGUCCCUGGCUUCGGGAAGGAAAAAAUGUGCCCCAAAGACUGCUGACCUCAGACCUUGCAGAGUCCCACCUUACCAGAGCUGUGAUGGCCAGUCACCAAGCAGAAGUUCAGAGUUUGAAGCUAGAUAAUGAUUCAGUUAUAGAAGGAAUAAGUGACCAGGUACUGGUGGCAGUUGUGCUCAGUUUCACUUUCAUUGCUGCUCUGGUAUAUACGCUUUUAAGAAAUGAACAUCAGAACAUACAUCCAGAAAAUCAAGAGCUAGUGCGAGCUCUUCGUCAGCAGCUUCAAACAGAGCAGGAUGCUUCUGCUGAUGAUAGGCUUCGCUUCUAUACAGAUAUGUCCUGUCCAGUAUGUUUACAGCAGGCUACAUUUCCUAUAGAAACAAACUGUGGACAUCUUUUCUGUGGUUCCUGCAUUAUUGCCUACUGGAGGUAUGGCUCAUGGCUUGGUGCCAUCCGUUGCCCAAUCUGCAGACAAACGGUAACAUUGUUUUUACCGCUCUUCAGUGAAGAUCAGCAGGAUGCAGCCCAAGUAUUUCAAGAUGUUAACGAUUACAAUCGGAGGUUCUCAGGACAGCCCAGAUCUAUUAUGGAAAGAAUUAUGGAUCUGCCCACUUUAUUGCGGCAUGCUUUCAGAGAGAUGUUUUCCGUUGGGGGUCUCUUCUGGAUGUUUCGCAUCAGAAUAUUCCUCUGCUUGCUUGGAGCCUUGCUCUACCUGGCUUCACCUCUGGAUUUUCUUCCUGAAGCUCUCUUUGGAAUUCUGGGCUUCUUGGAUGAUUUCUUUGUCAUUUUUCUUCUGCUGAUAUAUAUCUCUAUCAUGUACCGGGAAGUGGUAACACAGCGGCUGAAUAGAUGAAACGGAAAGUUACCCAAAAGCAGAGGCAAUUGUGGGAUGUAACAUAAGUACGGUAUACCAAGGCGCCUGUGUACAGUUUCAGUAGUUAUAACUUCGUAGCUGGUCAUCUUAUACAAAUACGAAGGGUUAGUAGGUGGUAAUGCUUAACUGGACCCUUUAAUUAUGUGUAUUACAUACGCUUCAUAAGAUGAGGUUAGAUUUAUAAUAUAAUAAGCUGCCUUCCUCUACUUCCACCUGAUUAACAAUUGUAUGUAAUCAAAGGAGAAAACACCUCUUUUGGUGUGUGGUUUGUGAAAAAGGAGUUCUAGUAAAGGACUAGAACUAAUGAAAAGUCUGUUUAGGUAAUGCAGAGAUGUAUAAGGAAAUCCAGGAAUUCUUCACAGUACAGUUGUCACAGCUGAAGUUUUUAAAGUCUCCCUGUUGUGAGCUAGAAUCUUUUAAAAUAACAGUAGCUUUGUACGUCUCUGUGGAAAAAGAAACCCAAGGACUGCAUUACAAUUACCACCCUGCAGUUUGUUAUUGUCUACAUGCUUCACAAAAACAAGGAGAAUGCCUCAGUAUUGCUUGAACUGCACUGUGUACAGUUGCAUGCAAUUUGUACAAUUUUAUUUUUAUAUUUGGGAAUACACACAGUAUUUGAUCUAGAUAGAGUAACCAAUAUUAUGCACUGGUUAGUGCUCUGUUUUUAAAUGGGAGCAUGAUUUUAGUCUUCAGGCUUCUUUAUGUGGUAGGUACGUAUCUUGGAAGCAGAGGGUUUAUGCUGCUUUGGGUCAGAGCAGUGUAUCUGAAGUGAGAGUUUGCAUCCCUGUAGUUGCAUUUAAGCAUUUAGCUAAUAGAAAGAACCCUCAAAUUUUAGAUAGUGGUUGAAGAAAAGAAGUCAGAACUGUAUGUUUACACUACAGAACUUUACCUGAAUGUACAUUCUGCAAUACAAGUAUUAAACAACUUAGACAUUGGGGUGAUUGGUUUUCAGUUGGGGUUUCCUUGUUUGGUUGGUUCGUUGGUUGACUUGGAUGUGGGUAGAGUGGGUUCUGAAUUACCUUGAAAAUGGUCUGUGAUAAGGGACCACAAAAAAAUCCUGGAAAUAUUUUAAAAAAUAACAGGUUAUUAAUUAUCCUUAAAGUUGAUCUUUAUUUUUCAUGAUGAAUUUGAAUAUAGGCUAUCAUAGCUACAGAAGUAAUUUGAAAGUAUUUCCAUUUUAAAAAAUUAAUACCAGUAGAAAAGUCAAAGACAUGAUAGAUCUAUGUACUUUUUAGUUAGAGGAAUGAUAAUAGCCAUUUUAUUUGAACUUCCUGUGUACUUGAAAGACAGUGAUUAGACAGUUGAUUCUUUGUGUGUUUACAUGCAUGAGAUGAGACUUACAAUGAAAGGGACCUUUUCACAACUUCUGUGUUUGCCCAUGUGGGCAUCUUUCCACAGCUUCUCACACCUAGGCCUGUGCAGGAAGAUGAUAGCACUGACACCUGAGAUGUCAGUGUCACUGGCUGGGUGUUGAGGCUGGUGUUGGAGAAUGUCCUUCAGUGUCAGUGUUUUAAUUUACAUUAGUUUAAAGGUAAAUUCACUGACUCUUGAUUUGAAAAUUUGCUUUUGAAAAUCCAAAGACAUUUUACAAGUGAACUGGAAAGCUGAUUUUUUCCUUGUGGCUGGUUGCUAGAGAUGGGCAAGAGGAGAAACAGGAAGUGAAACAAGGGUGGGAGGAGGAGAGCAAGACAGAAAAUGGCAUUUUUUGGAAGCAAAUACUAUUUGGUUUGGCAAACUAUCUGUUCUUAAGCAUCUUAGUUGAGCUUUUCCUUUUGUGUUGGGGUUGUUAUUGUAUGGUGAUGGUUUAGUGGUUAACUCAGUUAAAAGUCAUUAAGGUAUUAUUGAGUAAGUGUGGAUAUUCAUAAACUGUUAGAUACAUUCACAAAGCAACAUAAUAGUUCAGGAUGUUAGGUAUGACAGGAUUUUGCAGUUUUGCUGUAAGCAUUGUUUUGGUUUUGGUUUUUAUUCCCCAAGAUAUCCAGCUGACAGCAAACUCUAAAAAAAGUUUCGAUUGAGUAAAUUUAACACCACCUUUUCUCCUGGAGUUUAACUUGUAUGUCUGCUUAGAUAAGAGUGUGAACUGCUGUUGAAGAACAACUGGAGUCUGUUCAUGGAGUUUGUCGAUCUAGUACCUCCUCCAUAUGUUUAUCCUGUGAUUGUGUUUAUGUUUUUUUCCAUGACUCUCCAAGUCCAGAGUGGAUAUAGAUGUAUGUGAAACUGCUUACUGAUUUGCUUUCACUGAGCUUCCCAAUUCCAUGUGCUACUGUGAAGUUCAUGCAGAUAUAUCUGCCUAAGGGGUCUGCUCCUGAAGAACAAACCUUCUUGUGUACCUGGAAGCAUGUACAAGCCACAUCUGAGUGACUUCUACGUGCUUUUUAAAGUUUACCUGUGUUCUGUUUCUUCCUUCACUACAUUUGUGCUAGCCAGAAAGGUUUCACUCAUGGGCUUCUGCUUACUCUUGAAUAUCGACUAACAUUGUAAGCUUUAAUUCAACACAUUAAAUGCUUGACAAAAUUAGGAACAUUCUUCCUUUUCAGCAGUAUGUGUGCUUGCUUGUGGAGACUUUUUUUUUUGGUCCUCCAAGCCACUGAUGAACAGUAUUAUGACUUGCUCAGGGCUUGUUGUGAACAGCUGUGAUGUGAAGAUGCAUCUGCCCUGCAGCAUCUGGCUGCUGCUGCUUUACACAAAUCUGAGCUAGCUAGUAAGUUAGCUAUCUUGAGUACUUAGCUGGAGCUUAACUUAAGCUCUAGAGCUCCCAAGAAGCUGGAGAUUAGUACAUGAGCAUGUAGUAUUCCUGAACAGUCUGCUGCCAGGUUGUUGUGGCAGUACUGUUAAAGGUUAAGUGCUAGAGCUGAGCACUGGCUUCAGAAUGUGAAGGAAAUGUGUCAUGCUGUGUGGAGAGUGACUGCAAACAUCACUGCAGAUUUGUCGCCUGGAUUGGGGCAGCCGUGUCAUUAAGGGGGAGAAAAGAAAAAAGAAAAGAAAUCUUCAGCAGCAAAGAAGACAUACAGGGGGUAAUACAGUUCUUAAAAUAUUCUUACGGCUUCACCAAAACCUGUGUGAAUUAUUUUAUUUUUUCCAGCAAUAUUAACAAAGGAGAAAAUUUAAGUUAUACUUAAUAGCUCUUACAGAAUAACUUGUAGCAUUUCGAGGCCUAAUGGUCAUCCUUAUCUUUAUGACAAGUGCUGUAUAGAGUGAUCUCUCUCUGUGUUGUUUGUGUCCCACACCACUGACGUCUGUGAGGAUGAAGCAGAAUGGUGUGAUUUGGGGAUACAAUUUUGC